AGAUCAAAGUGCAGAGAGGUCUAAGGGACAGAGCUCCAGCCAGAUCGCAUUUCUCAUCAGAGUGUUCAGUGUCUCUACAUAUCCUGGUUAGAAACAUGGCCAAAAACAUGAUGUUGUACUGGGGCUCGGGAUCUCCUCCCUGCUGGAAAGUUCAGAUUGCUCUGGAGGAGAAGAACCUGCAGGGUUAUCACAGCAAAUCUCUGUCUUUUGAGAAAGGAGAGCACAAGUGUGAGGAGGUGAUGAAGCUGAACCCAAGAGGACAGCUCCCCACCUUUAAACACAGAGAUGUGGUGGUGAAUGAAUCCUUUGCUACCUGCAUGUACCUGGAGAACCAGUUUAAGUCCCAGGGCACCCAGCUGAUCCCAGAUGAUGUGAAGGAGCAGGCGCUUGUGUUGCAGCGUGCCUUUGAGACCAACACACUGCAGCAGAAGAUGUAUGAUGUUCUGUUCUACACUUAUUAUAUCCCUGAACCUGAGAGACACGACUCAGCGUUAAAGAGGAACAUGGAGAACCUGAAGACUGAAGUCGCACUGUGGGAGGGUUACCUAGAGAAGAUGGGGAAAGGAUCGUUCCUGGCUGGGAGACACUUCUCCUUGGCUGAUGUUGUUUUCUUCCCAAUCCUUGCUUUCCUCCCUCGAUAUGGGUUGAGUAAGGAGCGCUACCUGAACCUGAUGGCGUAUUACGAGAUGGUGAAGGAGCGUCCGAGUGUUAAGUCCUCGUGGCCUCCUCACUGGGUGGAGAAGCCUACAGGAGGGGACACGCUCAAGGAUCUGUGAGGAGACACCAGGAGACACCAGGAGGGGAUUGAAUCUCACACACUCAUUAACACUGUAGAGUGUGUGUGUUUCUCUUUAAAAUGUAUAAAAUACAAUUAUAAGCUUAAUAUAAUAUUAAAAAUAUAACCUCCACUUUAUUACGUCAGUUCAUUGUAACUUUUCUUUUAAUCUCACGUACUUUAAAGUUCUCUAAACCUUUUGGUCUGUUUUUUGAAACACUGAAGCACUUGUAGCAUAAACACACAUAUACUCUGACUAUUUUUCCCUAAAAGUUUGUAAACAAAAUGUAAAACAUUUCAACAUUUGACUAAUAAAAGUCACAAAAGACGUG